CUAAGCUUUAUAGGUGUCUAAGUUGAAGACAAUAUCGGUGUUGCUAAUUGUGGACCGUUGACCCGUCUCACUGAAAUUUGAAAAUAAUACACAAUUAAGGAGCAAAGUAUUUCUCCAAAAUUGGAGCCACACAUUCAUAGUCUCCAUUGUGUCCGCUGUUUAUCACGUGGAACACUAUUAUAGUAGUCGUCUAAAUUCACACCAACAAUUCCAAACAACACAACAAGCAUACAGAUCCAGGCACAUUUAUGUUCCUUAUUUUCAAGCAAAAAAUAAAAAAAUAAAAACCUCCAAACCGUACAGAUAGUUUUCGUUUAUUAAUUCCCAUAUUCAACAAUCAGAAUUCACAGGGUACUUGUUCCACAGUUUCUUCAUUUCUCUGUCUCUCUUGCUCCUAAUUCCCACUUGCUUUCUUAUACUUGCUACAAAAAAUAAGCCAUGGAAGACAUUAUCUCCCCAUGUUCUUCACCCAAAUUUGGUCAAGAAAACUCAGCCACAUUUCAUCAGCGUCUCCAAUUCAUAGUUCAGAACAGGCCUGAAUGGUGGGCGUAUUCGAUUUUCUGGCAAGCCUCCAAAGACAACAAUGAUGACCAAGUUGUUUUGUCAUGGGCUGGUGGCCAUUUCAAAAGCUCAAGGGAUUUUGCAUCCAAAAGAAGCAACAAAAUGACCAAUAAUUACCAACCCAAAUUUGGGUUCAGCAGUGUGGAGAGAAAGAAUGUGAAUAACAGAGAAGUUGAAGUUCUUUUCGAUGAAGAAGACAUGGUGGACUUGGACACGAGUCUUGUUGAUCAUGGAGUUGGAGAUGUUACUGAUUCUGAGUGGUUUUACUUUUACACUGUUUCUUUAACCCAAUCAUUUGCUGCAGGCCAUGGUAAUAAUAGUAUUCUGGACCGUGCGUUUUGCUCUGGUGGUUUUGUUUGGCUUGCAGGUGACCAUGAGCUUCAGUUUUAUGAGUGUGAGAGAGUGAAAGAAGCUAGAAUGCAUGGAAUUCAAACUCUGGUUUGUGUUGCAACUCCAUGUGGCGUACUUGAACUUGCUUCUUUGGAUGUGAUCAAAGAAGAUUGGGGCCUUGUGCACUUAUCCAAAUCCCUCUUUGAAUCAAACAAUAACAGGGUCUCAAAGCAGGGUAGCCGUGACGGCAAUGUACUAGUUUCUCUCCUGGAGAAUGAGAUGUUUUCAGGAGGUCAAAAAGAUUUGACCAGACAAGAAUGUUGUGUAAAAGAAGCUACGCCUGUCAAUAUAGGUGGAUCAUCAUCAGACUCACCUUCUGACUCUGUUGGUAAUUUCACCUCUGCGAAUGCAAAAAACAUUCGAUUGAAAAAGAGAGGAAGAUCAUCAAACCAUGGAACUGGUAGAGAAUCAUCAACCCAUGUUGAGGCAGAAAGACAAAGACGCGAGAAGCUUAACCAUCGAUUCUAUGUCCUCCGCUCUGUUGUUCCGAAUGUGUCGAAAAUGGACAGGUCCUCUUUGCUUGCUGAUGCUGUGGCAUACAUCAAUCAGCUCAAAGAAAAAGUUGAGGAAUUGGAGGCAAAGAUCCAAGCACAACCCCAAAAUCCCAAAGUAGGCCAUGUGAGCAAUCUUGAUCAUCAUCAUCAUCACAACAGCCAAAGCACCGGCUCCAUAGUUGAUCAUCAUAGUUCAAGUUAUAAUAUUAAUAAAGCAGGUGCUGCUCUGGAAGUGGAUGUGAAGAUUUUGGGCUCAGAAGCCAUGAUAAGAGUUCAGUGUCCUGAUCAAGAUUACCCGUAUGCUAAAUUGAUGAAUGCACUCAAAGCCCUAGGGUUUCAAGUUUACCAUGCAAGCAUUUCAAGUGUGAAAGAGUUAAUGAUUCAAGAUGUUGUAGCAAGAGUACCUUAUGGGUUCAACAGUGAGGAGGCAGUCAAAAUGGGUAUUAUAAAAAGAUGGUACAACUAGAAAGUAAUUCAGUAAUCAAUUUCCCUAGCUAAAAAGGACAAUGAUUUUAUAUUGAGCGUCUCCUUUUUCUUGUUUAGUUGUUGUUGUUGUAAUUUAAAUAAGUUUAAUAACUAAGGAGAGACUUGUUUAUUUUCUUAGUUUAA